UUUUUUUUUUAAGUCGAUUCCGUACUCAUCGCGUCAAACUGAAAAAUAGAAUAUACAACAAAUCUCAAGUAGCUAUUCAGGUUAUUCGUGUAUUUAAAAAUAGCAAGCAUAAACUUCUAAAAUAAAAAUUAUGGAAUCGCCUACUAUAAAUUCUCAAAACGGAAUGUUGAUUUCAGAAAUUACAGAGCAUGAUAAUUUAACUGAGGAUACUGCUGAGAAUAUCCAAGAAAAUGGAGUUAAUGAAGGUUUAAAUGGUAAUCGUAAAUUUCGCCCUUCACCGGAAUCCAUUGCCAUGGAUCGUGGUAUUCAAAACAUUGCUCGUAAAGCACAUAAAAAUAGCAAAGGGGAUGAUAAAAAGUUAGUUGAUCUAUUGGUACAUGUUUUUGAUAGUUUGGAUACGCCUGAGAAAAAAAUGGAAGCAUUGGCCCGAAAAUAUGUUCAACUUGCAGCUGACCACAAAUCAACUGAACAGCAAGUUGAGGAGAUUGAAACAAAGCAUUUAAAGGUGAAAAAAGAAAGAGAUCAUUUACAAUCAGAGUACAAUAAACUCAUGAUCGCAAAAGGAAAACUUGAAAGUUUAUGCAGAGAAUUACAAAAACAUAACAAGCAAAUAAAAGAGGAGACACAGCGUCGUGCUGAAGAAGAAGAACGAAAGCGAAAAGAACUUUCUCAAAAAUUUCAAUCAACUAUAAGUGAUAUCACAUCACAGAUGGCUGAUAAUCAUAAACGAAACCAACAGUUAAAGCAAGAUAAUAACGACUUAGCUCAAAAACUGAAAGGGUUGGUUGAACAAUAUGAAGUAAGAGAACAGCAUAUAGAAAAAGUGUUAAAAGCCAAGCAAUUAGAGCUGCAAUUGUGUGAAGCAAAGUUGCAGCAACAAAAUCUUGUAGUGCAAGAAGAAAUGGAGAGCCAUCUUAAAGAAAAGCACAGUGUUUUAGAAGAAUCUUUGAAUUAUAAAAAAAAAUGCGAAGAACUUCUUCAACAAGAAGCUGAACUACGUGCUCAACUCUCUUUGUAUACUGAAAAGUUCGAAGAGUUCCAAUCAACGUUAACAAAAAGCAACGAAGUUUUUGCUACAUUUAAAAAGGAUAUGGAUACUAUGACAAAAACGAUUCGCAAGCUUGAAAAAGAAUCAAAUAUGUGGAGAAGUCGAUGGGAGAACACAAACCAUUCCCUCCUACAGAUGGUAGAGGAACGUACUCAAAAUCAUACUACAAUAACGAAAAUGAAAUCAAAGAUGGAAAAAUUAGAAAAAUUAUGUAGAGCACUUCAGUCUGAAAGAAAGACUUUAAGUAAGCAGCUCGAGAAUGGAAAGGAUGAAACCGAGGCUUCCUCCUCGCCUGAACCUACGUUAGACAUAAGCGAUCCUCAUGUCAGCAGUACUACUCCGUCACCUGAUUUACUGCAACAGAAAACUAAUAGUGUUGAUGCCAUCGAAACAGGAAAACAAUUAUACAACGAGUCUACUUGCCAUGAGCCUACAAUUGACGAAAAUCAACCGGAAAAUAAUGAUAAAGCUGUUUUAAAAUGAUUAGUGCAUUAGCCGAAAAAGUGAAUAUUUUAACGAGUUUGCAAUGUAAAAUUUAUUUGUAUAAAACCAGCGAUUUUUUUUAGCA